UAUCCUGUACUGCUGGAAAGGAGAAGUUUACGAAACUGCUGAAGUUGAAUUAGAGUUGCACACUGGCAAAGUUUCUCUUCCGCUGGCUGAUCAAUCAUACUGUAAUCAAGCAUACAGGAUCAAGUCAAUUAGCCCAAGUGUAGCUGGAUUAAGUCUGGAUGGAAUGGAUCUCACCCCUCAACCCACAUUUAUGCAAGGUUACAAGGAUGAUAUCGUUGAAAACACCUUUAACGUAGCUCUUAAGGAGGAAAUGGGUUCAACUACUGAAUUCAACUUCAGUUUGGGGGAAGAGUUGUUUAAAGCAUCUGUUUUAGUUUGGGGGAAGG